AUGGUUGAUUCAAAUCAGUCGAAUACUAAUCAAACUACUCAAAAACAACUGUUUACUGUUAAAAAAUGGCGCUUUUCUAAACGGAAAACACUUCGUAAAGCUGGUGAAUGGGCAGUUGUUACUGGUGCAUCAUCAGGUAUUGGUGAAGCGUAUGCAGAUGAACUGGCCAAAGAGGGUCUCAACAUCAUGCUUAUCAGUAAUGAUGAAGAACAACUGUCCUGCGUUGCCAAUGGAAUCGCAACUACAUACAAUGUUCAAACACUAAUUGUGGUUGCAGAGUUUACUAAACAUGAUGUUUAUGAAAUAAUAAGACCCGCUGUUGACCAAUUAUCCACAAUCGCUUGUUUAGUUAACAAUGUUGGUAUGGGAUUACCCGUUACGUUGUUUAGUGGAGAAGUUAAUUCGCCGAAUGAAGAAUCAAUUAGAAAUAUCAUUCAUUGUAACAUUUUGUCUGCAGUAACAAUGACAAGUAUAAUUCUUCCGAAAAUGUUAAUACAGAAGGGACCUAAUCCUGGUAUCAUAAACAUUGCAUCUUAUUCAGGUUUAAGAGUGUUUCCUUAUGCUUCAUUGUACGCUACAACCAAAGCAGCUAACAUUCAAUUUUCGAGAUGUGUGGCUGCAGAGAAGUAUAAAAACAAUGUUAUUAUACAAGCGAUAUGUCCAUUAUAUGUGUCGACAAAUUUGACCAAUCUAAUGAAAACCACAUUUUUCAUACCAACUGCCAAAGUGUAUGCUAAAAGUGCAUUAGAUAUGUUUGGUGUUGAACAACAAACUUCUGGUUAUUCUCGGCAUGAGUUAAAAGCAUAUCAUCACAGUUUGUUGCCAACAUCAGAUUUUAAAAGAAUUAUAAGAUCAGUAGCUAAAUCAACACUGAAGAAGUCUUAG